CUCUCUCUCUCUCUCUCUCUCUACCAUUAUUUUUAGCGUGAGAUGAUGGGAUGGUAGGGCCUUGUCUCUCUUUAUCAUCACGAGAAAAUCCAUUGCUCCCCAGUCCCCACCGCUCUCCGCUUCCCGCUUCUUAAAUUUUCGUCUUUGUUCUCUGAGAGGGAAAACCUCUUCCUUUAUCUAGGAAGAAACAGUGGUUGAGAUUGCACCCAUACAGGAUUUUGUGCACGUAUAGGUUUAGAGAGAGAGAGAGGCGCUCAUGCACUGAGAUGGGUGGAGUGGAAGCGAAUUUGGAGAGUGAAAAUGCAGAGAGAAAGAGUAGUGGGAGUGAGGUGGGUGGGAGCGAAGAAGGAGGGCCAGCGGUUAUGGAUACUCCAGACAGGACUAAAAUCAACCAGAUCGUAACACCCUUGUCUAAAAUUGAGGAGUCCCCAGUCUUCAAUUUUCUGAACAGCCUUUCACCUAUCGAGCCGGUUAAGUCUGUACAUAUCACUCAGACAUUCAAUCCCCUUAGUUUUUCAUCGCCUUCAUCUGUUUUCACUUCACCCCAUAUGAGUAUGUUAAAGGAGUCUAGAUUCCUAAGAAGGCAUCAGCUUCCUGAUCCAUCCAAACCUGAGUUUUCCUCUGAUAAUGAUCAUAAAGUCAAUAGCUCUCAAGUCCAUAAUCUAGAUGUUUCUGAUAACACGAGUGAACAUCCGGAAAGUUAUCUUGGGAGUUGCACUAUUGAAGCUUCUAUCCGAGCAUCUUAUGAAUUUUCAAAGCUUGCUGUUGAGCUUGUAAAGAGUUUAGAUUAUGAUUGCAGCAGUCCAAAUUCCAGCCCAGUGACAAACUGUGACAUCAAACAUAAAAGUUUUUCAGCAUUAGCUGGGAGCUCUGACACAAUUGUCCCAGUGGUCCAUGAUGUGGCUGGAAAAAAAAGUUCACUGAGAACUCAAGUGAAUAUGGAAGGGGCAAGUCAAAUUGAUCGAAAUGAAGAAGAUGCAGGGUGUGAUUUUGAGGGUUUAAUUUCUGGCACUGGUGAUACAUUAAUUUUUGAUUCACCCAAUGACACAGGGACCAUCAAGAAAGAAGUGGAUCCUAUUUCUAGGACCUAUUCCUUUGUCAGGAAUGAAAUACAGAAUAUUAAAACCUUUAGUGCAGUUGGUUCUGGUGAAAAUGUUGAAGAAAUAAUUGAAACAGAAAAUCAGUCAACCCAGUCCGGAGAGGGAAGUGAGCUCAAUCAAUAUGCUGAAGUCCAAGACAUAAACCCUGAUUCUUCUGUAUGCAUCAAAAGCUUGGUUGGCUGCACAAGUGAGAAAAUGGAGGCAGACAUGGUUUCUGGUUUGAACCGUGGAAUCAGAAGGCGCUGUCUAGUUUUUGACAUGACUGGAAUUCGAAAAAAGCAUUUGGAUGAGAAUACAGGGUCUGAUUCUGGUUCUUCUUUAUGGACUCAAUCAGAUGGAAAUACUACCUCCACGGACAAACAUUUAGUUGGUACCAAGUCCAGGUGUGAACCUUCACGAUGCGUUUUACCUGGAAUUGGCUUGCAUUUAAAUGCCCUUGCAGUGGCUGCAAAGGAUGGACAUGCUGUCAAGCAUGAAGCACUUGCUUCAGGACAACAGCUUUUAGUUGCGCCUGGCUCAACAGCCAAUUAUCGUUCUUUAACCUUAAUCUCUAAAGCAAGAGGAGCUCUGGAAGAUGGAAUACACCUCAAUGAAGAUGCUAAUCAGUCACCUGGAUAUAGUGUUAAUGAAGAGCUCAAUCAGAGUAGUAGUCCAAGAAAAAAGAAGCGUAGAAUGGAAUCUGGGGAAAGUGAGGGCUGCAAGCGCUGCAAUUGUAAAAAAUCAAAAUGCUUGAAACUUUAUUGCGAGUGUUUUGCUGCUGGUGUCUACUGUGUAGAGCCUUGUUCAUGUCAAGAUUGCUUUAACAAGCCUAUUUAUGAAGACACUGUCAUUGCAACUCGCAAACAGAUUGAAUCUCGAAAUCCACUUGCUUUUGCUCCCAAAGUGAUUAGGGCAACAGAAACUCUGGCUGAAAUAGGGACUCCUGCUUCUGCUCGGCACAAGAGAGGAUGCAACUGCAAAAAAUCCGGUUGUCUGAAGAAAUACUGUGAAUGCUAUCAGGGCGGCGUUGGAUGCUCGAUUAAUUGCAGGUGUGAAGGCUGUAAGAAUGCAUUUGGUAGAAAAGAUGGCACAGAAGCUGAAUUAGAAGAAGAGGAAACAGAUGUCCACGAGAAGAGUGGUAUCGAUGAGAGUUCACAGAAAUCAGCUUUCCAUACAGAAAUAGAACAGAUUCCAGAUUCAUUCCUGCCUGCAACACCAUUGCGGUCCAAGAGACCACCAAUGCAACCACCAAUUUCCUUGAAGAAUAAACCAACACGUUUGCCAUCAAUUCUUGGCGUUGGAUCCUCAUCUGGUGGAACAUAUGCUGCUAGCCAAGGACUUGGAAGGCCAAGAUUCUUUCGACCUCUACCCAAGUUUCAUAAGCAGUUUGAAUCCAUUGAAGAAGAUGAAAUUCCUAGUACGCUCCAAGGCAACACUUCUCCAACCAGUGGUAUCGUCAAGUCUACAUCUCCCAACAGUAAGAGGGUGUCUCCUCCUCAUACUGAAUUUGAAACUUCCCCGGGUCGUAGGAGCAGCAGCAGAAAGUUAAUACUACAAUCUAUCCCCUCAUUUCCUUCUCUCACCCCAAACAAUUGAGAUCUCCUUUCUCAGGGACUUUGGAUGCUUGAUUGUACAAGACAAAGCUACUUGGAAAUAUAGAUGUCUGUAAACUUAAUUGAGCUGUAGCAAUUGAGGGACUAGGGAGGUCCUUGUGCAUAUGGAAAAAUCUUUAGGGCUGCAAUUUGUUGUGCAAAUAAGUCAUGGGUAGAAAGGAAUGAAAUGGGCUUAGCCCAUUUACCAUGAAGGCCUAUGUUUCAUUUGGGCUUUUAUCAGGUUCUAUUUCUUUUCCUUUCUAACAGCAAAUUAUAUCAUGGACCAUGGUC